GCCGCAGUCUUGCAGAGCACCCCGCGGGAAGGACUGGACGCUGCAGCUGUUCUUUGUCAAGGUGAUGACGUCAACGGUUGGUGUGCUGACAGCAGUGGUGGCAGCGAUCGCCCUGGCGACAGGCUCCUGGGUCCCGCCUGACGGGGACUCUGCCAGAGAUGUGGAGAACAGCAGUAUCCUGGAACCGGUCUUCAUACGGCGUCUCACCAUAGACGGCCUCCGGCAUCGAGACUAUGGCACCCGUGGGAAGCGGCGCAGCGGUGUGGUGUGCACGGACGUGGCCGGAGAACCCCGCAGGUGCUUCUACGAGGAACUCGUGGAGAUGCGCCGGCCUGAAGACGUGCUCAACGACCUGUUGUCCGCCAAAGGUGAUCGCCAACCGCUGGAGUCACACGAUGUAGGCAAGCGGCGGCGCACGCUGGAGUGCUACAUCGGCGGCCGGAUGGGCGGCUGCGACUACCAGGACAUCAAGCAGGCCCAGGGCGAGGACCAGCACCUCAACAGCAUCGACUCGCCAGGCAAGAGGGACCUCGACUGAACCACCGGACCGGCUCUUCGACCACUCUCCGUGUCCCCACCCCGUUUAUUGCUUCCGCGCUUCAAGGACACCAUGCCAAACUUGUCAACGACUUUCAUUCGUGGCCGUUAGACAGUACUCAGUGCAUUCUCUCAAGUUAACCUGCACUUACUUCUUCUACUUUACUGGUUAAACUUUUUACAUGGUUCUUUCGCAAGAUUACAGUUGCUUUAUGUAUGAACACUAAUUUCUAGGACGACUUUGUUCAGACACAUGUUCUCGGCCUGAUAAUAGUUAGCUGGCUAAGAGAGUGUAACAUCAGGAGGCUAAGCGUUUUUUUAUGGAACGUUCAGAUGUACAAU